UUGCGUACUACUUUAUUCAUUGCGACGAUUUUUCUAGUGCGCAAUGUCCAGAGAUCUCGCAGUGCUCCUACUGAGGCUAUUUCAAGUGAUAUUCUAGGUCAACCGGGUACUUCACUACAUCUCGAUAAUCCGCCGCCCGCACCUAUACCUGUACCUGUAAUUACGAUUCUGCCGUCAUCUGAAAAUCACCGAUCUAAUGAAGAAUCCCCAUUGUCGCCUUCGUCAAAUGCCGAGGAACUGUCGCACGUUCCAGCUGAUCCCAUAUUGCUGUUUCAUUUAGCAGAGCCAAAAUCGAUAGUCUCAAUAAGUGGCUCAGAAAAGAACCAAACAGCUCCAACUCAACACAGUCAAAAUCACUCCGGAGAACCAGAAAACAACCAACAAAAGUCUGCACCGGCAACGGAAUGCUCAGGCGAAAACUGCGACCACCGCAGCAGUCACCAUAGUGACGAGCCACAAGCGGAGACCAAACAACAUCAGGAAGAGCGGAGAGACGAUACACAUGAGAAACUAGCUGAACCUCAACACUCUCCAGGUGCUGAGAGUAUUCAAACGGCGAAUGCACCUGUUCGAGAUAUUGUAAAUCCUGUGCAGAAGCCAGUAACCGCUGAAGAGCUUAGACGGGAAAUUUUGUUGCGACUGCCCAACAGUCCAUCGAUAACAAAUCCCAUCGGAAGAACAUCAACAAAUUUGAAUAUGAAUACACCGAUGACAAAUGCGAACAAAGAUGCCGGAGCUCACAGCCAUCCACUACAUCAAAGCCCGCUCGGUCCGAACGGUCAUCAAUCUGCUGCUUUCAAUGAGCCUCAGAUUCCUCCAUUGCAACCUUCUGAUACUGAUAGGGCAUUGAAUAGGCCAUCUGAGGCAGUGAUAAGCAAUCCAUCGCUGGAACUGCCACCAGGCCCGCCGAUUCUCAUCGCGGCUCCGGUUUCGGUCGCUCUCGCUCCAAGUUUGGUCCUACCCAAGGAGCUGACUCUUCCCGUUCCCCCAGCUAUUCUUCACCCGAAUCACACAAACUCUCGCCCUGACUCCAGUCCACCUAUUCUGGUACUACCCGCUCAAAUUGAUCUAAGUGCUCCUAAUCUCGAUCAGCCUAUGUCUCCAAUCCAUGUACCAUCUGAACCUACUACUAACCAAACUCUCAGAAGGCCCAUCGCAAACGAAUUCAUCCAAACACCAGCAACUCCCUCAUACUAUUUGCUGCGAUCUGCCAUGCCCAGAUUGGCCAAAUUUUGGCUCUACCACACAGUUGAAGAGCUUCAAAAGUCCAACGAAAAUGACGCCAACACAAGAAAUGAUAACAGUCGAAAAGCAAACGAAAGUGGGAAAUUGGAGAAGGGUGACGAGAAAGAAAUGCUGCUGGUCGAUCCGAGCGUGCAGUUGCCUUCACAAGAGGAUAUUCUCAGUGAUCGAUAUGAAAGUCCUGAGUUCGCAUGUGAUAUACAUGACUCUCGCAAUGCGGCCAUCUACUGUCAAGGCGAUUUGUUGCAUGCCGUUAUGAUGAUGCAUCUGUUCAACGAUUCGAAAACGUUCGUCGAUAAACCACUCAAAAUGGAUCCCGAUCAGAUAGUGGCCAGAUUCAAGGAACGUUUCUCGCAGUCGAUUACGAAAGAUCAUCGCGAUCAGGUCAUCGACUUUGUUGAAGAGCAUUUCGACGUGGAAGGCAACGAAAUGGAGAAAUGUGACUUAGUAGAUUGGCAGGAACAGCCACAAAAACUUAUGUCAAUAGACGAUCCGGCACUGAGAGAUUUCGCUUUGGACGUACACACGGUCUGGAAGAAACUUUGCAGAACUAUCAAGAAAGAGGUAAACGAACAACCCGAACGUUUCUCGCUGCUGUACGUCCCCAAUGAAUUCAUCAUACCUGGCGGUCGCUUCCGAGAAUUCUACUAUUGGGACAGUUACUGGAUUGUGAAAGGAUUGAUUGCUUCAGGAAUGCACGAAACAACGAAACGAAUGAUUGAGAAUUUUCAACAUUUGAUUGAGAGGAAUGGUUUCAUUCCGAACGGUGGUCGUAUCUACUAUAUGCGACGUUCUCAACCUCCCAUGUUCAUACCAAUGGUAUAUGAAUAUCAUAUGGCCACACGGGAUGAUAUUUUCCUCAGAAAGGCGAUUGAUGCUAUGGAACGGAAUCUGGGACUGAAUUCGGACUUGGAAUAUUUUUUUCAGGAAUUGGAAUUCUGGAAAACUAGACGAACAGUUCAAAUCACUAAAAACGAUCGUAACUAUACAGUUUUUCGCUAUCGAGCUGAUAGUAAUGUGCCAAGGCGAGUUAGCCCCGACAAGAAGCGACAACUGUGGAGGGAUAUUGCGAGUGCGGCCGAGUCCGGUUGGGAUUUCAGUAGCAGAUGGAUGGCUGAUCGAAAAACAAUGAAAACCACGCAGACAUCGCAAAUAGCACCAGUUGAUUUGAACGCUUUCAUGUGCUGGAAUAUGGCUAUUCUGGCGCAUUUACACGGCAGAAUAGAAGGCGUUUGGUUCGAUGUGAGGGUUCAGGACGGGCAAUGGGAGCAUGAUGCAUAUCCGUCAGUGGCUGCGCCACUUUUUACCGAAUGUUACCAUCGACUUGAUGCUCGUAUGAUGACUGAUGUGCUGGACACUUUGGAGAGAGUUGGCUAUUUGGGAUUUCCAGGCGGAAUACCAACAAGUCUGGUCAAAGACACCCAUCAACAAUGGGAUUAUCCGAAUGGUUGGGCACCUGUCAAUCAUAUGAUCGUCGAGGGACUUCGC